AUGAAGACUCUCUGUGGCACGCUGCUGAUUGUGGCAGGCUGUUAUCUGUAUACGGAUAGCAAACGCAUUCUGCUGUCACGUCUCCUGGCGGCGCCCAGCGAGCAGCUGAACUCGCUGCCCCAGCCGCUGCUGUACUACAUCGCACUGGGUCUGGCCAUAGCCGGAUUUGCGGCUGUGCUGGCGGCGGUGCUGGGCUUCUGGGCGAGCUGCCUGCACACCUACUGCUUCCUCAGCAUCUACUUUCUGAGCGUGGUGGUGCUGCUGCUGGCGGAGUCUGUCAUUUGCCUGGCCAUCACACUCUGGCCGCACUGCCUGGGCAUCAGCUUGGACGAAGGGCAGAUGGUGAAGGCGCUACAGCGCAAUUAUGGCGUGCCCGGCCAGGAGCAGUUCACCAAUGCCAUGGACCUGGCCCAAACCCGUUUCGGCUGCUGCGGCAUGCGAAGUUCCUUGGACUACGACAACUCGCUGUGGCGCCUCCAGAGCUAUGGCCAGCGCAACUGGCCCGUUCCGCUCAGCUGCUGCGUGCUGGCCAAUGCGCCACAGCCGCUAGCCUUUCUUGAUCCCAAGCCCGCCAAUGAGACGCAGUGCCAGGCGCUGGAACGGUCCGUCUACGAGCGGGAGCGCUACACAGAAUCCUGCCUGGUGCAUCUGGAUGGCUGGUAUCGCGAGCAGUAUGGCAUUUUUCUGGCCGCCAGUCUUGUCCUCGCGCUGGUCGAGUUCAGCGUGCUGCUGGGCAUUAUACUCACCUGCACGGGCAUUGCGUCCCGGCGCGCCAGACUGGACACUGGCCCGCGUUCUCAGGCAUUCAGCCAAAAGGGCAGACGCCGCACCACAGCCAAGUCGCGCCAGGCGCUCGUCGACAACAUUUAUGAGUCGGAGGUGCAGCUGCGCGGCCAUGGCCAAAGCGGCGGCAUGUGCCUGGGCUCGGCCAGCCGGCAUGUGAGCAGCGAGGACUUCAAGGAGCUGUACGUCCAGCCCAGGGAUCUCUACAAGCAGCGCCAUAACACAACCUUCAAGCCCAUUGCCAGCGACUAUCAGACGCCAGCGCGCAGCUACUUGGUCUAGGAGGCGCCCCUGGAACAGCUCCUGCACACCUGGAACCACAUACAUAUAAAAACCAAAGUAUUAAACAAACACGUAAAAUAAAGUACUUUAAC